UUAGCUAAGAAUCCUAAACCAUGGCGAAUUAACCUAUUAUUAGAGUUAGCAUAUAGUGGUUGGUGUAAAAUUAGAGAAAAGAUUAUAGUAAAAUUUGGGUUAAAUUGUAAAGAUAUUGAAUACUGCACAGUUUUUGAUCUUUUAGAUAAUUUGAUUCCAACCGUAUUAGAAGAAGAUGAUACGGUGGAAGAAGUAAAAAGAGAGAACCCUGAUGCUUUUUUACUGGCACUUAAUGCUGUUAACAAUUGGUAA